CAGGAAGUAAAAGGCGCCAUCUGGUAAUGAAAAUCGGUAUUACGAAGGAAGUCGUCUGUACUAAGUGCUUUUUGGAUGUAUAAGUGACAUGUGAAAUCUUUUUUCCUACGACGUGUAAUAUUAAAUAAUUUCUAUUUGGAAAAAAAUAAAUGAGAACUCAUAAUGAGUAAAGAAGAACGACUUUAUGAAGAUGAUAAAAACAUUAGAGAUGCUUCAUCCAUAUAUGCAAUAUGGGUAUUUUUUUUCGUCUUUGUAAUAAUUGGAGUUCCUCUUUGGUGGAAAACAACUGAAGUAUAUAGAGUUACUUUACCUUACAGUGAAAUUGAAAAAUUACCAUUUUUAGAGGUUGUCCAUUCUGUUCCAGUAACAUUAAUUAUUGCUGACAAAUCAAUAGCUCAAAUAAGAUUAAAACAAAGUUUAAUAGAGGCUAAUUCUGAUAGUGGAAACCAAUUAAAAGUUAAAUAUCAUUUAACUCUGAGAGAUAUAUCAAAAGAAGAAGAAAAUAUUUUAAAUGAAUGCCAGUCCAUUUCAGAAUUUAGCAAAAAUGUAUAUCAGAAUGGAAUGGAACCUAGUAUUGGAAGUUUACAGAUAUUUAUUUUAUCUGAGAAAUCACAUCUUGGAAUUUUUGAAACAUUAGUAGAUGUUCAUCGCACCAGUUUUUGUGUUAAUAAAUAUGCAGAUGCUUCAUCCAUAUAUGCAAUAUGGGUAUUUUUUUUCGUCUUUGUAAUAAUUGGAGUUCCUCUUUGGUGGAAAACAACUGAAGUAUAUAGAGUUACUUUACCUUACAGUGAAAUUGAAAAAUUACCAUUUUUAGAGGUUGUCCAUUCUGUUCCAGUAACAUUAAUUAUUGCUGACAAAUCAAUAGCUCAAAUAAGAUUAAAACAAAGUUUAAUAGAGGCUAAUUCUGACAGUGGAAACCAAUUAAAAGUUAAAUAUCAUUUAACUCUGAGAGAUAUAUCAAAAGAAGAAGAAAAUAUUUUAAAUGAAUGCCAGUCCAUUUCAGAAUUUAGCAAAAAUGUAUAUCAGAAUGGAAUGGAACCUAGUAUUGGAAGUUUACAGAUAUUUAUUUUAUCUGAGAAAUCACAUCUUGGAAUUUUUGAAACAUUAGUAGAUGUUCAUCGCACCAGUUUUUGUGUUAAUAAAUAUGCAGAAGAAGAAAAAUUGGCUGCUGACAUUUCUAAAUUGUUGAAGACUGUCCUAGUAAAAGAUGACAUUUUAAAAACAGUUUUCAUAUCUACUGAAAAUAAAGAACGGAAACAGCCUGACAAAGAAAGCAUGAGAUCAUUAAGUGCAACAGCUACUUUUGACAUUACUUUUAAUCUUAUUGUGCCUCAGCCCUCUAUAGAUGAUGUGCAUUGGAAUAUUGUUCAAGCUGUAGAUGAAUAUGUCAAGCCAUUUCUUGAUAAAUUAUCAAUUCUAGGAAAUGUCAAUGUUAAUAGUCAGUUACAUUAUAUGACAUUUUUAAAUAUUCAGACGAAAACGAAUUCUCGGUCUGGUGAACAUAUUUUGGAAUUUGAUCAUUUGCCAUCUAUCAUUAACCCAAUUGAAGCAAAAUUAGGAUCUCAUGUUUCAGUUAAUCCAUCUUUAAACUUUGUCAUUUACAUACCAUCUCAAGCUCAAUCUCCUCUUCAAAUAUAUGAUGAAAAAGGAUCUCAGGUAGAUACAAAUGCAUUUUUAUCACCACGUUGGGGAGGAUUUUUAAUAUAUAAUGUACCUCCAUUAAAAGAAAAUGCUACUCUUCCUAGAAGGAUUGACAUUGAUAUGAAAAAAGUGAUGGAAGUAUUUAUAUCACAGCUACGAUUGUUACUUGGGCUUCCUAAUCCUGUUAAGGAUGAUAAAAUUAGAGUUAUUCAAAGUUCUGUUUGUACAGAUUGGGAAGUGGAUUUUUUAAUAAGAAGAAGAACUCAAGAACAACUUUCAGUAGCCAUCUCUUCUCUUUAUUCUCUUGGACAACUUCUGGGUACCAUCAGCAAUAUUGUGAUAAGAGAUGAUGUUGGAAACAAGGUAUAUGCAUCAGUUGAUUUUAUAAAAGAUAGUUUGAUAUCAUUAAAGGAUGGUAGAUUGGAACAAAGUUACCUUCAAGCAAAACAUGCUUUUAUGUUAUCAGAGGAAGCCUUUUUCGAUCCAUCCCUUUUGGCAUUGCUAUAUUUUCCUGAUGAUCAAAAUUUAUUUAUAUGNCAUGUUUCAGUUAAUCCAUCUUUAAACUUUGUCAUUUACAUACCAUCUCAAGCUCAAUCUCCUCUUCAAAUAUAUGAUGAAAAAGGAUCUCAGGUAGAUACAAAUGCAUUUUUAUCACCACGUUGGGGAGGAUUUUUAAUAUAUAAUGUACCUCCAUUAAAAGAAAAUGCUACUCUUCCUAGAAGGAUUGACAUUGAUAUGAAAAAAGUGAUGGAAGUAUUUAUAUCACAGCUACGAUUGUUACUUGGGCUUCCUAAUCCUGUUAAGGAUGAUAAAAUUAGAGUUAUUCAAAGUUCUGUUUGUACAGAUUGGGAAGUGGAUUUUUUAAUAAGAAGAAGAACUCAAGAACAACUUUCAGUAGCCAUCUCUUCUCUUUAUUCUCUUGGACAACUUCUGGGUACCAUCAGCAAUAUUGUGAUAAGAGAUGAUGUUGGAAACAAGGUAUAUGCAUCAGUUGAUUUUAUAAAAGAUAGUUUGAUAUCAUUAAAGGAUGGUAGAUUGGAACAAAGUUACCUUCAAGCAAAACAUGCUUUUAUGUUAUCAGAGGAAGCCUUUUUCGAUCCAUCCCUUUUGGCAUUGCUAUAUUUUCCUGAUGAUCAAAAAUAUGCCAUCUAUAUUCCUCUGUUUCUUCCGGUGGGCAUUCCGGUGCUGUUAUCGCUGCGUUUCCUGCCUCGUUGCUUUGACAGAGAAGGAAAGACUCAGAAGAGGAAGAAGAACGAUUGAUGACAAGAGUGAAGAAAUCCCAAAAUAUUUAGAAGCUGAUUUGGACCGUGCAUCCUUCGAAAUAACACCAAGAAAAAAAACUAUAAACUAUCAAAGUAGGUUUUUCUUUUUUAAAUCUGCUAAAUUCCUGGCUUGAUUCAUUCAAUAUUUAAUUUAUUUUUGGACAUUUGACUAAUGCACAGUGUCUGAAAGUUGAUACUGGUGAUACUGUACCAUUUAGAUUUACACAAAGAAAAAAAUUACAAAUUUUGCUAUAUAUAUUUAUUAUGUAUCCUGGCAAUAGAAAAUUACAAUAAAAAUAAAUUAUCGAUUUAGGAACUAUAGAAUUUUGUUUGUUAAAUUCUAAAUUAAUGAAUUGAGGUUGUUAAGUUGGAGUUUAUUAUUAUUAUUAUUAAUAUUGGUGGAGUGUGUCCUACUUGGCCUAGCACUGUGUUGGAUGAGAGUCAGGGUUUAAUACAGUAACAGCUUGCUCUGUACCUCUAUGUGCUAUUUGUGUAUGUAUGUAUCUGUGGCUAAGAAUUUCCUGACUGUAUGAUGUAUUUAAUAUGGCUGCUUUCUGUAGUCCUAAUGUUUCUAGACU